AUGCGCCCUGCACGAGUAUUAUCGGUGGCUCAACUGCCUGUCGAGGAGUCCCAACCAGUGCUGAAAAGGACCAGAAUGAGCUUUCGUCUCGUUUUGAGUUUUUCGGAGGAAGACAAGAUUGGGACCAUCCAACCCCCCGACGAUGCGCUGCUAAUCACCCUCAGAAUCGGGGACUACGAUGUUAAAAGAGUGAUGGUGGAUGGCGGCAGCGCGGCUAAGGUUAUGUACCUCGACCUAUACAAGGGGUUGGGGUUAAAACUAGAGGGCUUGAUGCCCUACAACUCCCCUCUGAUGAGCUUCGACGGGAAGCUUGUCAUUCCAAUGGGCAUGAUUAGGCUGCCCAUCCAGACUAGCCCGGAGAUAGUGGAGGUGAAUUUCAUCGUGGUGGACACUUACUCUCCCUAUACAGCCAUCAUUGGUAGGCCCUGGCUCCAUACCUUAGGGGCUGUUGCUUCCUCGUUACACCAGAAGGUGAAAUUCCCGUCAGGGGACCAAGUCUUUGAAAUGCAUGGUUGCCAACCCACAGCGAGGCAAUGCGUGGUAGCGGCCGUCUCAUAUCGGCUCGAUAUAGAGUCAUCGGCCUCCGCUGAGAAGAAUUUAUAG